AUGAGGAGUCCAAGAAAACAUUCCAUUCCCACAGCAACUUAUAAUGUUCCCAAGCAGCAACCAGGUUCUAAAAUAGUGAGGAGGAGUAGUAUUGAUGUAGGUAAGAACAAUUUGUGCACAAGGAGAGGUUGUGGGAGGAUUGGUAAAGCAAAACAUGGGAUUGAUACUCUAAUUGUAGGUGCUCAAGAAAGUGUGAAUGAUAAUCCUAUUGAAACUACUAAUCAAGAAGUUGUAGUUGCUGAUGAGGGUGAAAAUGUGAUGCAUGAAGAUGAUAUUAAUGUAGAAGUUCCUAAUAUGGGUGAUAUGCAAGAAGGUGUGGUGUAG